AUGAUGUCUUCGGAAGAAAACGACUUUAAUGAAAAUAUCCUCUCAAAUACACAUCAAGGAAGCAAUUCUUUCUCUACUUCAUGGAAUUGGGAGGAAAGUGAAAGUGAGGUCUCAGACUCAGCAAGUAAUUUUAGUUUUCUUAAUCUUCCCUGUGUGAUAGAUGUGAAGGAUUCCAAUCAUGUACAAUCAGAAUCUUUUAAAAGUAACAGCUAUGAAGUGAACUUAAUUCAAGAGAAUGAAGCAAGAAAACCGAUUACAACGAACUCGCAAAUGAACCCUACAUUUCACGAAGCGAUUUACUGUCCAUUGUCCACACUGCCUUCCUAUCAACCGGAAACAGAAUCUUUAAAAAAUAACUCUGAUGAACUUGAAUUAGGUUAUGGGGAUGAAGCAAGAAAUACAGCUCACGGGAAUGAAGCAGAAAAUUCAGUUAUAUUAAAGACGGAGCGGGACUGCAAAUUUAAUGAACUGAUUCAUUGUCCUGCUGUAAUCCAAAGUCCAGUUAGUUCAGACGUCGUUGAAAUCGAAGAGAUGAACAGUAAUCCUGCAUCUGAAAAUUUAGCUUUAACGGUUAAUGUCACCGAAAAUGCAACGAAUAGUUUCUUAGAUCAAGUACUUGAUAAUAAUGAAAACCUAAUUUACCAAAGAUUUAUCAAAUAUAAAAAAGCCCAGAAUCAAGAAACAUUCUUUUGGGACACUAUCUGUGAAAACCAUCAAAUUAUUUUCUCUGAUUUUAGUGAAAGGAUUAGCCAUGGCAACGGAGCAAAUUUUGACAGUUGGAGCAGAGAGAGAGCUACAUUAACACCAGUACUGCCAGGAAGGAGCACAUGCAGUAAGAAAAUCUGCAAGGUUGUUAAGCAUAGCUUGAAACUCUGCAGGUGGUUCCGUCGAAACAAAUAUAUUCGCACUAUUUUGGAAGGAGCAAAAACGUCAUUUAGUUCUUUUCUGAACACUCUUGAAUUUGAAGUAAAUCAGCUGUUCGGAUACAGCAAGCCUAUGAUAUUGACCGUGGUAGGUGAAGACACGCAUGUAUUGGCAAUCAAAGAAGCUUUUUGCGAGGUAUUCCCUGGUGAAUUAAGUAUAACAUCGAUUCCUGUGAGUAUAGACAACGUGCCCACCCUACCGGUUGGGUACCCAGCUGCUUUGAAAGCGUCUGAAGCCAAGAUGUCUUAUACCAGAGAAUACAGACUACUGCAGGAAAACUCAGUAGUAGUUUCAGCAACUAGUCUUCUGGUCGAAGCUCUGCCACAAAGGUGGCAAAUGAUGACAAUGUUAUGCCUUGAAGACCCAAAUCUGAGACUCCACUUACACAAUUUCACUGCCAGUAUACCUAUACCAAACGAAUACGUAGCAGCAGUUGAAAGGCAAACGGCAGAAAACUAUCCAUUACGAGAGUUUGGAUUCGCAGUGAACAUUGAAUCCGGCAUCGAAUACUGUCUUGACAUGGAUACGAAGGACGCUUAUGAAUUUCUGACAGGAAUCAGCAGCCAGAGUUUAAUAAAAUCUGCAGCUGAAGUAUUAGCUGGAAUGUACAAGAAUUAUGUUAAAGGAUCCGGUGUAGUUUAAGUUUCUGAAUAAAUUGAAAACUUGACUGCAUCAA